AUGAAUUUGAAGAGAUAACAUUAAUGUUUAACUUGCUCAGGUAGCAAGGGUCAUAGAACAAAGAUCAAUUAGGGCUAUCGAAAAAUGAAAAGUCUGUCAAAAACAGACUUGAGAGGAUUGGCGACUUAGAUUGGGUAGUGCUAACAUUCACUUAAUAUCUAAGUUGACGUUAACUGAAGUAGCUGCUAUCUGCUAACAGUAAUGUUAACCAGCUAAGAUAACGUCAAGCUUUGGUUAACCUUAGAUACUACUGUCCAAAAUGACCACAUCUGUGGCUUGCAAAGCACUUCAUGUAUCACCUAGUGGCCAGUACUCUGACCCUGUCAGUGUCAUUGUCAGCCAAAAUGGAUGUGUUUCCAAUGAGCAAGGCCAGGUUUUGAGCUCUGAAUUCAGCCUCUUGGAAAUGACAGAAGUGGAGUAUACACACCUUCAGCACAUCAUUCAGUCUCACAUAGAAGCACAAGCAGCUGAGCAGGAGGCAUCUGGUGAGAUCAGGACGAAUUCAGCCAUUUAUAGUGAGGGCAGGGCUUCCAGUCAUCAUCACAGUGAGACUGAUUACACAGCCAACUCUCCAUCAUCCAGCCCAGCAGUAAUAUCUCAGGCAAACACACAGCCAUCAUCUUCUGAUGUACGAUAUACCAUCUCAGGAAUAUCUCAAGAAGGAGGAAUGGACAUCCAAGAGAUCAAAAUGGUUUUGGUCAGUGAUCCUGCUGAUGAUGUCAACACUGGAGAGAGGACACCAACCAGCUGUGGUGAAGUCCCAGGCUCUGUGCUAGCUAAAGUAAGAUGUGCUAUGGAGGCAUCCAGAGACCAUGUUGAGAAGUGUGAUCACAGAAGUGCCCCAGUGUUGGAGUCCAGACCUAAUCCACCUGCGCGAGUCCGCCUGGAGAAGAGGUUCAAUUGCAGUCCAUCUGAUGUUUCCAGACAGCAGGACUCAGCAGCUCUGAACACGCUUUUGACAAUGCUGCAGCAUUCUACUGAAGCCACUGGAAUAGCCAUGCACUCACAGGCAGACAAGUGGAUUAAAUCAGACCGGAAUCCCACCAUUGAGUCUCCCUACCCAUAUGGAGGGAAUUUUUUCAAUGCGGUGGGAAACAUCCGUGGUCAGGGUCUUGGAGGCCUCCCACACAUGCAUGAGGGUAAUAAGCACUCAGAGCUAAUCAUCCCCAAGAACUUCACCUUCAGCUAUCGACAUGAAAGAGGAACUGAUGCCACAGCAAAGGCCCCAUGCUUUGUCCGUACGGACGCCUCAGAGGCCCAACUUCCUGUCAAGCCUGAAAAUGGCACAGUGGGUAAGCCCUACACUCUGAAGCGGGCGAGGACUCGUGGUUCCCGUGCCCAUGGCCCAGGUAUCAUCCAGCAUGGUACAGACCCCAGGGUUGUGGCUCCAGGCAAGCCUGGAAGGAGGACAGGUCCCCCCAUGGAGAGCACUCAGCGCAGGGAGCGUCAUAACAGCAAGGAGAGGGACCGCAGGAGACGGAUCCGUGUCUGCUGUGAUGAGCUCAAUCUGCUGGUGCCAUUUUGCUCCUCCGAGACGGACAAGGCCACCACCCUACAGUGGACCACUGCAUUCCUCAAAUACAUCAGAGAGAUCUAUGGUGAUUCACUUAAACAGGACUUCCAGAGCACCUUCUGUGGGAAGACAGGACUGCGGAUCAAGCCCAGUGCUACCACCACGGUCCUGCACCAGCUUAUUGACACCGUGGCAGAGCACCAAAGUGCACCCACACAUGAAUGACUGCCUCAAAAUGCCUACCAGUGUCUACCAACAUGAAGUUACCUAACAAUACUGGCCAAUGAUCUGUAUAGACUACUUAUCUGUCCCUAACUUGUCCCUUAUUUGUAUAUAAUCUAUUUGUAAUUUAUUUGUUGCCCAACAAUCUAUUCGUAUGUGCUCUGUCACCAUUACUCUAUCUUGUAACUAGUAUCAAGUCUUAAUUUCUUCUGGGCAGACUUAGAGGUAUUGUGGCAAUAUUGUUUGUGGUUAAAUGUGGUUUGUUAUUUAAAAUGCCUCCUUUCUAGUUUUAUGCACUCCAAAAACCCUUGUACCGAUGAAGUUCUGUAUGGAAGGAGGAGACAGCUGUCAUUUUUAUGUCUGUACAUGAUUGUGAAUAGUCUACAGGCUUCCAUAUUUUUUACUCAACUUUGUAAGGUUUUUUUUUUUGUAGAAGAGAAGAAAAUUCCUAAAAAGAUUUAUAGAUGGCAGUAUUUCUCCAUAGAAAUACAUUUUUUUCCUUCCCUCUGUGAUGGAGUAACACCUUCUGUGGCUAAAAAGAAACUGGCAUCAUUAUUCACUGAAAUCAUAUCUUUUAUCCUAAUUUAUGAACCUGUAUUUACUGAAUUCAUUGAUCUAAUUUGUUAAAAUGCAUCUUUUUGAAUAAGAAUGCACAUAUUUGUUUAGAAAGCAUUGAUGCCUCCACUGUCUGUAAAUAGUUUGAAUGAUGUGUUUGUAUUUAUAUCAACAGGGAUAAGCUCUCUUCUAUUCAAGCAGUUGUUCCUUCUGUUUAUUACUCAAUGUUUCACACAUACAUGUUAUUUGCAUUGUUGUGUUCACAACUGAAAAUAAAUCUC